AUGUUUAAUUUUUGCGUAUUUUGUUUUUGCUGCUUCCUUUUCAAUUACUUUUCAUGCAUUAAAUUACAAAGAGCUACACAAUUGGAAUCCUGUUCGAAGUAUAAAAAGACGGAUAAAUUAUUCAUCAAUGAUAGCACAUUUUUAUUUAACAAUUACUCAUCAAAUAAAAAUGUGAAUAGAAACAACUACAAACUCUUUUAUAAAAGUAAAAGUGAAAAACAAAUCCAUGAGUCAGGUUAUUUGUAUCCGUUUGACCAUUUAGAGAAAAAAAAAAAAAAAUUUCCUCCUGAUCCUUAUGUAUUAAGUGAUGAGGAAAGAGAAGAAAAAGCUCGUGAAAUGUUUGAUGACAAGAUUAAUGAGGACGACGAUAUGCUAAGUUAUGAUGAUGAGGAGGAUGCCAAGAAGUAUUUCGGAAAAACUAUAUUCAGUAAGUUGAACGCUUUGCAGCAGUGGGAGGAAGGUCAAGCGGAUGGUCAGCCGGAUGAUCAAACGGAUUGUCAAGUGGAUACUCAUGAGGAUGACCAAUCAGAUGGCUAUUCUACAGAUGGAAAUGGUGGUAUGGUCAAUCAUGAUUACAUCUCGAAGGUUGAAAAACAUAAUCACAACGCGGAAGUAAGUACAAAAAAAAAAAUUGAAAGGCAAAAAGUAAACAUUACUUUUUACAUAUCUGAAGAAAAUAAAAUAGAAUGUGAAAUGAUGAAAGAUCAAGUAUACUAUUUAUUUCAUUCUUCUAUGGACAAUGCAUUCAUCGAGUGCUUCGAGCUGCACAUUGAUCUGUGUAUCAUUCCUAGAGAAAAUAUAAUCUCCGUUUCGUAUAAUUUUGAAAAUAUUAAUUAUAAAACUUCAAUUUCAUCACUGUCCGACUUAAUCGAUUUUUGUGAUAAGUUAAAAAAAAUAUUACAAAACAAAAUUGAUACUUUAUAUUAUAAUGAAGAAAAAAAAGAGGACAUGUAUUUAAGUAAAUAUUUAAAGAAAGAACUAGAAAUAAACAAAAAAGAAAGAAAUGUAACAAAUCUGUCAAAAAAGAACUUACAAAUGAGUAUUGAAUCAUCUUUGAAGCUAAUAGAAAAGUGCAAACAAAAAUUAUACAAACAAAAUUAUGAACUCACCUUACACGACUUGAAGCAAGCUUAUAAUAUGCUACCAUGUAAAUAUUAUGGCUUCUUCAUAUCCAAUUUAUGCUCCAACAUAUCAGUGUUAUCCUACUACACAAAUGAUUUGCAGGGAACUUUUAAUUUUGCUCUAAAGUCGAUUAAGUAUGAACCUAAGUAUAGUGUAGCCUGGAAAUGCUUAGGUGAUGCAUAUAGAAGUUUUAGAAAUUUUUGGCAAGCCAAAAAUUUUUAUGACAUAGCAAUAUAUUUAGGUUAUAAAGAUAAUAUUGGAGAAGAUUUUGAAGAAAUAGUACAGGAGUUAAAUAAUUUAGUACAAAGUGCUUUAAAAAAUGUCGACAUAUUAAAAGAAAAUAUGAAUAAUGCUACAAACAUUGUUAUUAAAAAGAAUAUUGGAAUUGUAUUAAACAAAAACCCUGAUUCAAUUGGUGGCUGUUACGUAUCAUACAUAAUUGAGGGAAGUAAAGCUAGCAAAAAAAAUUUUCAUCAUGGAGAUCAAAUUGUUGCGUUAAAUAGUAUUAUAACAUAUGGAAAACCAAUUGACCACUGCUUAAAAGCAUUUCAAAAAAAUGAUGGCUCCUAUGAUAUUAUUUUUUUUAAGGGAAAUAUCAUUGAAUUGUACGGUUUAAAGGCAUACAAAUAUUUAAUCAAAAAUGAUCUUUUUUAUACACUUUUCGAAAACGAAAAAAUUUCAUCCUUUAAGAGAAAUGAAGCUGUCGUAUUUGACAUGAAAGGAUUUGGCACAUUCUCCGAAUAUGGAAUGUCAAAAGGGGAAAAUUAA